AUGAAGGAGAGCAGCAUUGAUGACCUGAUGAAGAGCCUGGACAAAAAUAGCGACCAAGAGAUUGACUUCAAGGAGUACUCGGUGUUCCUGACCACGCUGUGCAUGGCCUACAAUGACUUCUUCCUGGAGGACAACAAAUGA